GGAGGCAUUGGAGUUUACAGGUGCAAACACACACAUGCAGGCGCUGCAUUGCUCUGUGUGUGUGUGUGUGUGUGUGAGUGUGUGUGUGUGAGUGUGCAGAGAGCGGCUCUCCUCCCUCCUCCUCCCCCAUAUCUCCGCUCCUCCCACCGCGCAGUCACAGCUCUGAUCCAGGGUCAUCCGUGCGCCGGCUGCAGCCGUCCCUCUCGCUAUGGCCGGGCCACUACUCGCGGGGGUCGCCUGCCUCCUCGUCCUGUCCGGGGCCACGUCCUUCCUGACACACCAACGAGCCGCGCAAUUUCUCAUCAGACAACGGCGAGCAAAUGUCAUGUUCGAGGAACGCAAACAGGGCAGCCUGGAGCGGGAAUGCAUCGAGGAAUUUUGCGACAAGGAGGAAGCGAGGGAAGUGUUUGAGAACAACCUGGAAACGGAGUACUUUUACCCCAGGUACCUCGACUGCCUCAGCCGCCACCGGUUCCGCACUCCGAGCAUGGUCUUCCCCCCUAGACGGCCCUCUGGCAUCCUGCAGAACUGCAUUAAAGAAAUUCCAGACCAGUGCUCCAACUCACCGUGUUAUCGUCAAGGAUCUGUCCGGUGCAUAGACAAGACGGCUGCCUUCCAAUGUAUCUGUAAAGAAGGCUGGCAGGGAGAGAGGUGCAACGAAGAUAUUGAUGAGUGCGGGCUGGAGGAGAGAGUGUGUUCCCACUCCUGCCAUAACCUGCCCGGGAGUUACCGCUGCUUCUGCCAGGAUGGCUUCAGCAUGUACUCAGACAAGAAGACCUGCAUUGAUCGGAACGAAUGUUUACGGAACCAGCACAUUUGUGGGAAAGCUUCUUGCAUCAACGUGCCGGGAAGCUACGAGUGUGAAUGCAACAAAGGUUUCAGGUUUAAUUUCACCCAGAAGGAGUGCGAGGAUAUCGAUGAAUGUGCAGAGGACACAUGUACACACAAGUGUUUGAAUUAUCCCGGCAGCUUCACCUGCUUCUGUGACGGCAAGAAAGGGGAGAAGUUGUCAGCGGAUGGACGGAGUUGUGAGGCAAUCCCCACCUGCGUCGCCCUCCAGAUGGUGAGGAGUCCAGACAUGCUUGGCAUGGGAGAGCUCUUCGCUGGGAUCCCGGUGGUCUACUUCCGGUUCAAUAUUCCCUCCGACAGCAGGUUUACAGCAGAAUUUGACUUCAGAACGUUCGACUCUGAGGGGGUUAUAUUCUACGCCGAGACCCAGGAGAACUCCGCCUUUUUCCUGUUUGCUGUCCGAAACGGAAGGAUUGAGGUUCAGUUCAAGAAUGACCACAUCCACAGGGUGAAGAUCAGCGGGGGCCCCGGGAUCAAUGACGGCAACUGGCAUACGAUCUCGGUGGAGGAGAGUGAGAGCAGCGUUGUUGUGAAGGUCGCCCACGAGGCAGUGAUCAAAAUCAACAGUCCGGGCCGCAUCUUUCCACAUAACACGACAACAGAGAUGAAGAUAUCGAUCGCUGGUUUGCCCAGACAAGUCCAUCCCAUCACUCCAUAUAUAAACCCUCGGCUGGAUGGCUGCAUGUGGAAGUGGAAUUGGAUGGACCAGGGAUCGGCCGGAAUCCAGGAGGUCGUUCAGAGCAUAAAAACCAAACAGUGCAUUCUGAACGUGGAGAGGGGUUCCUACUUCCCGGGAAGGGGAUAUGCAUCGUUUCCGUUCAACUACAGUGCAAUAGAAAAUAGCAGCAGCGGCUGGAAGGUUGAGGUGAAACUUCGCCUGCGUCCGUCAAAGAACACGGGCGUGCUAUUCGCAUUAGUCAGUGGAAGCACGGUCCCCCUGUCGCUCUCAAUAGCUGACGCCUACUGCCCAGGGAGCAAGCAGCAUUUAAUUCUGGCCGUGGACAACGAGGUUGUGUCCAGAACCAAGAGCCUGGAUCUAUGUGAUGGUGAGCACCACACAAUCCAUCUCGCCAUUACAGCCCAGGACAUCAUGUUGGAAGUGGAUCAGACUGUUAACGGGAGCAUCGGGGACAGCUCGGAGCUGAGGAAGCAACUGGGCAUCCUGGAGGAGGCUUUGAGUGCUCCAGUCAACACCACACUGGGGGGAAUACCAGAGGUUCCAGUCACCGCUACCCCUGUCACAGCCUCCUUUACGGGAUGUCUUCAAACAGAGAUUAAUGAGAAGCAAAUUGACCUUGAUGAGGCUGCUGAAAAGAACAAUGAAAUCCAGUCCCAUUCAUGCCCAGUGGUACAGCCAGAGACUUAGUCUGUCAGACACUGUCACUGUAGUAAAUAUUCAUAACGCUGCUUGCUGCUCACUGUCCACAUGGAGAUUGUUUCAAAGCUCACAUGAAGUGUACAUCAUAAAAACCUUCUCGAAUGUGUAGAAUUUAACUUAAGUGCAACGGCAACUAAAAUAUCACUAUAGAGGAAGGAACUGUAUAUUCUAAGACUUUAUAAGAACUGUUUAUCACUAGUUGCUUUUGAUUAAACUAAAACCCUAUUGAACUGUG